GAGGGGUGGGUGGAUGAGGUCGCCGCAAUGACAGAUGAAGAGCGGUUGGAGUUUGAGCGGAAGGUUCGACCUGUGCAGAUGGUGUUAACGAAGCUGCGCAAGUUUGCGUCCAAAGUAGUCCACUCAAGCACAAUUCUGCUCCCGGCGUACAAAAAGCGUCUUGCGGAGUUCAAGCUUCCCGAACGGUUGAUUCCUCGCGACGUGAAAACACGCUGGAACUCAACCUAUGACAUGCUGAGCAUCGCCGUCGAGUACCGCAAGGUUGUCGACGCGAUGUGCGCAGACCGAGACCUG